GAACUGGAUAAUUCAGAGGAAAAGAAGACUGUGCUAGUAACAGCUCCAGGACCUACUGCAGCUUCAAAAAGUGUUGUGGAAUUCGCCAGUUCUUCACCAGCUCCCAAAAAAGCCCGGGAUGAUAACAGCCUUGUGCCUCUUAUCAUUCCUGUGUCUGUGCCAGUGAGAAAAAUUGACUUGCAGAGCCUUGAAAAGGAAAAGUCUGAGGAUGGAAAGCUCCAGAGAGGCCAAACAAGCGAUCGAGCUCCUUGUGAAAGGAAGCCUUCUGUGAUAGUCACUCGGAGGCGAUCUAAUCGUAACACUAACAUGGAGACCUCGAGUCAGCAUGAAGAUGCUGUUCCAAAGGAUGAAGCAGAGGGCUUUGCCCGAAAACCAAAGCAGCGGCCAAGACCCGAGCCACUCUUCAUACCACCAAAAGCUGGCACCUUUAUUGCACCACCUGUUUAUUCCAACAUUACUCCGUAUCAGAGCCACUUACGGUCACCUGUCCGUCUGGCAGACCAUAAUUCAGACAGGAACUUUGAGCUACCUCCCUACACUCCUCCACCAAUCCUUAGUCCAGUGAGAGAAGGAUCUGGGCUCUAUUUUAAUGCCAUCCUCUCUUCAAGCAGUCAUUCGGUUCCACCUCCAAUGACUCCCAAAAGUGGUCACAGAACUCUGCUUAGAUCAA